AUGUCGCUGCCAGCCACGCACUGCACGUAUCGCUGCGUGGCCGGCAGGCCGCUCAGGCCCGCGCGCGGCGGCGCCCAAUGGAGAGCGGCGUGGCGAAUCGAGAGGGGGCGGGCGGGGGGCGCUCCUAGGGCGCCGCGUUGGCCGCGGCGCGCCCGCGGGGGCGCGUUCGCCGCGAAACCGACCGCGGAAGAUGACGAGGAGGACGAGUCGGAGCCUGAGGCCCCGGUGAACGGGUGGAGUCCUCACAUUCCGAAGCGAUCGAUUCUGGCCCAUCCGUCGGCUUUGCGGCGGCUGUCGGCGACCAAGUGCGCCGACGAGGCGCUGGAGGCCUUCCUCGACGAAGCAGUGAGGCUCGAGCGGACGGACAUCGCGGGACCUACCGAGGAGGAAUGCGCCGCGCUGAUGGUUGCGGCCUCCGAGCGCGGAAACACCACCCUUGCUGUCGCGCUCCUCGAGUCCAUGUCCGCGUCGCCCGUGGUGUCAGGAUUCAACGGCGCCUGGCGCUGGCCCUCCGCGGGCGUCCCCACCGUCGCCGCGCUCGUCCUCGCGCUCACGCGGUCCCUGCAGCUCAAGCAGGCCGUCGAGGUCGUCAAGAGCCUGCGCCUGCGGUCCGCGCCCGGCACCAACGCGGUGCCGUUCGGCAAGGUCGUCCGCUCGCCGCUGUCGCCCACGAAGCCCCUGGCCGUCGUUCAGGACACCGAGGGCUUCUCCCUGCACGCGGACUCCUACUCGCGGUACGAGUACGAGCUCUUCACGGGCGACGUCGUGUCCGUCUCGAGCGAGGCCCUCGUGUCGCAGCAAUCCGUCUUGCUGACGGCGGCGCGCUCGCUCGGGCUGUGGAGCAAGGCGCCCGUCGGGGCCGUGCACGAGGUCGUCGUGCGGACGCCGGACGGCGCCGCGCGCACGUUCCGCUUCGGCACGGCCACCGCGGACGUCCCGUGCCAGGAGGGCGACCGCGUGACCUUCACGUGCGCGGCGGGGAGCAGUGGGAAGAACGGGCGGUUCCUGCUGUCGACGCGGCCGCCCGGAUGGAAGCCCGGGGAGCCGAUGGAGUGCACGAACCACGCGACGAACGCCGUGACCGUGCUGUCGCGCCCCCCGGACUCACAGAACACGGGCCUGCCGGGGUGGGUGAUGCCGGCCGCGGUGGUGCUCGCGGGCAGCGACGCGGCGACCUAUUUCCUGGACCCGGCGCUUCCCGCGAUCACCGCGGGCGCGAUCGGCGCGCUGGGCGCCUCCGCUGCGCUCACCAACGCGUACAUCGUGCCGGAGUGGAAGCGGCUCCCGGAGGCGUCGCUCGCGGGGGAGUCGGUGCGCCAGACGCUGCUCGAGCAGCACGACCAGCUCUCGUCCAAGGUGGAGAGCCUGACGAAGACCGCCAUUGGCGACGUGCGGCAGCUCGGGCGGCUGUGGCAGCUGGAGCGCAAGAUGCAGGCCGUGGGGGAGAGCAAGACGUACGAGACGCGGUUGCAGCGCGUCAAGGCUGCGAGGGAGGGGCUGGAGGGGCGCGUGGCGCGGGGCGUGGAGCUGAUCGCGGGGUUCGCGCGCGUGAUGUCGAUGAUCGAGAUCGAAGUCGAGAUGGAGAGCCAGGUGACGACAGCGGAGCUGGACGACCUGGCGCAGCAGGUCGAGAGGCUCGAGGAGGUGGAGCGGCUGAGUCAGGAGUACCGCGUGCAGGCCGAGGCGAUCGACGAGGUCGAGCGCCUGCUGCGGCAAGACUCCACGGUGGUGUAG